UAGCAGCAGCAGAAGGACACAGAACUCUGUAUUUUCACUUCAGCAGCAACAGCUACUCUGCACUCUGUAACCCAAACAUGGACAUGAAACAAAGCAGCGGUGAAACCCUCAGAAAUGACAAAGAGCUGAGGAUAGUGAUGGUGGGGAAGACUGGAAUUGGGAAGAGUGCCACUGGAAACACCAUCCUGGGACGACAGUGCUUUGAAUCAAAGUUCAGCGCAAGGUCAAUGACUGUAGACUGCUCCAAGGGCAAAGCUGUGGUGGACGGGCAACAGGUUGCUGUUAUUGACACCCCCGGUCUGUUUGACACCAGGUUCGGCAUGGACAAAACAACUAAAGAUGUAGGCCAGUGCAUCUCUUUCGCUGCUCCUGGACCCCACGUGUUCCUGGUGGUCAUCAGGCUGGGCAGAUUCACUGAUGAGGAAAAGCAGACGGUGCAAAAGAUUCAAGAAAUCUUCGGCCAGGCUGCAGACAGAUACAGCAUGGUUCUCUUUACUCAUGGUGACCUUCUUGAAGACACAACUAUUGAGGACUUCUUGGUUGAAAGCCCUGACCUGCAGGAACUCGUGGCCAGAUGUAAUGGCCAGUACCAUGUCUUCAAUAAUAAGAAAAAAGAUCGUUCUCAGGUCACUGAGCUGCUCCAGAAGAUCAGAAAUAUAGCCCAGAGGAACGGAGGCAGCCACUACACCAACGAGAUGUUCCAAGAGGCCGAGAGGAAAAUCGAAGAGGAGAAACAACGCAUCCUGAAAGAGAAAGAAGCGCAGAUACGCAGAGAAAGAGAGGAAUUGGAGGGGAAAAUACAGCAGAAAUAUGAACAGCAGAUGAGGAAAUUUAAUGAACAACUCCAGGCUGAGAGGCAGAGGGAGAGAAAACUGUUAGAGGAGGAGAUGAAGAAGGCAAAGGAGGAGAUGAAUGAAGAGAGAAGGAGGGAAAGGGAAGAGAGAGCAGCAGAGAGACAGAGAGAAAUAGAGGAGAGAGAAAGGGAUAUGGCAAACAGGAUGAAUGAAUUAAAAGCAAAUCAUGAAAGAGAACUGAGAGAUGAACAACAAAGAUUGUCUGAAAGGUUUAAUAAUAUGGCUAGACAUCAAGCUGAAAGGAGCAGUUCAUUUCCUUGUGUAAUCUUAUAACUGGUUGGGUGUUGAUCAAAUUCAUGUCAACCUUUUAGGAACUUCUAAUCAUCGAUUUAAAUCAUGGAGCUUAAAAUUAUAGCUGAGUGGGUGUUCUACUUAGUGUUCAUUAAGAUUUUAGUAUUAAGUUUGUUCAACAUUUCAUUACUAGCUAUUGUGAUUAGCACAUUUCCAUUAAUGUCCUAUAUUUCAGUUCAUUUUUAUCAGACACCAGUUUAGUUCUUUUAAUUUGAAAAGUGUCACAUGAUAGAAGUUAGUUAAAGUUUGUGUCUUCUAUGUUCUCCUUUUGUUUUGAUGAUGAUUCAUUACUCUGUCACUGACCACAUUUACUUUACUAAAGCAGAAUAGUAAGGUUGAGUCCCUCAUUAGAUCAUGGUGUUUUACACCAAUGCCUAGAGAUUACUUUCAUUUUCUUUUUUAAAAUCCAAUGGGAAUUCUUUUAGUUGUCAAUACAUUUCAUGACAAGACAUGUCAAGGUUAUACUUAUUUUAUGCUUGAAAACAAGUUGGUGCAGAUUGUCGUGAACAUAAAAAUAAAAAGUUUUGUUUGUCUUCAAGAGAGAAGGAUGCAAGGGGAUGUAAGAGGACGGAUGGGGAGUUUUACUAAUGUUACCCAACUUUUACAGGACGAAUUUCUGUGUAUGUACAUUUGCUUUUUAACAACUUUAAUAAAUGUCAUAUUCUUUCAAGUUUAAA